GAUGCAGUACAGAUGAUAUACAGUCUCUUCUUCAACCUUUGAUCACCGGGCGGUAAUUAGAUUACAAAAUGGAGGUCCACCAUAUGUCCUGGUUAAGGUUUGGGACUUUAUUAAUAUUAGGCCUUACAUCACAUGUAUCUGCUGAUCUCCCUAAACACGGACUGGACACGAGUGUGUGUAACCCAGCAUCAUUAUCAAACGGAGGGCUUGUCUCAAAACCUACACUGCCAAACAAGUACAGUGUAAAAGUAGAGUGUAACUUCGCCGAUAAGAGUCAGUCUAUUGAUAUCUCCGAGUACUAUGAUUACCCAAACCAGAGGGCUACCGUCUACGAGGAGGAGUUAGGUCUACACGUUCAGGGCAUCUACUCGUAUAAUACUAACGAACUCUUCACGAUAGAAGACCAACUCAAUACUUGCAGCGUUUCACAGUUAUCCACGGAUUCCGCCGACAACUGGCUGUUUGGUUACAAAACAGGCAGCACUAAUCCGAAUGUCCCAAAAAUGUUCAGCGCCUACGGCGCGCUUCAUUUUGGCGGGAACCAGACUGAACAGUACAUGGGUACCACCGUUGUGCGUGGGAUGCGGGUUGACCAAUGGAAGUCCUGUCUGUACUGGCCAAACAUGGACGCGACCAUGACGGUUAACUGGUACUUUACAGUAUCCGGUUGGAACACUGCGAUUCAAUCCCAGAUCCCUGUCCGUGCUACAGUGAUUGGCAACAUCUGGGAGCCCAACCCGCAGAACACCGCGCGCGUGGCUCGGGCAUUUAACCACACCUACGAGUUUGCAGAGUUCCGGAGUCAGUUCCCUGACUAUGUGGACCUUUCAAGAGUGUUCGAGACACCAUCAGGAGUCCUAUGCCCGGGCAGAAAAGACGUCAAACCCGUCCCGACACCCUCCAACUACUUCCGGUUUACUUCUGAAAUCCUGAACCCGGGUCAGAAAACAAUUGGAUUUAUCAAAGAAUGGUAUGAUUUCAACAUGAGCUUAGUGCGAUAUGACUACAAGCCAGACCCUUUAACCUUUAACCCCUAUGGUCUGGACACCUUAUCUGAGGUGCAUGAUUGGAACGAAGGCGUGGCCUACAGAAUGGACAAGGUGCGCGGUAACUGUACAGUCACUGUCAUAGCUCCCACAGACUUUGACGCCCAUGGCCUUGACGCCACAACCGUCAGAAUACGUACAGCAAAGGAAUUCUUCUACUUCGACAAAACGCAAUACGCGUACGAAGGCAUUAAAAAGGCACGUGGUAUAGACUGUGACGUAUGGAUAGCUAAGAGAAGUGAUUGGCCAGCCAACGGACCCGUCAACAGCACGUGGGAGUGGUAUUUUGCUGUGAAUGACUGGGUACAGAGUACUGGCCAUACAUAUGACUUUGGAAUGCCCAUACAGAUGAAACUAACUACUGAUACUAUAUCCUUUAUUUACAACAUGUACGACUAUGAUGAAGAACAACCUAGCAUUUUUGACUUCGACAUAUCUACCUGCUUUAACUACACGGAGAAGAGAGAUUUUACCUUCAAAUUAGACGCUAUUUAUCAGAACACGGUUGGAAAGAACUUACAGCUGUUUAAGUACGAGACUCUUUUAACCGUUCACAAAUGGACAAAUCUCUCUCCACUCAGAAUCCAGAACAUAAAGGUGGAUUACGACACGACCCACGUGAUUGUGACGUUGACAAUCCUAGGUGGAAAUCCAAUUCAGGGUGACGUCGCUAAUCCCAAGGCGCAGGUAGAUCUGGACCAGGCAGCCACCAUGUUAAAUGCUGCUAUAAAUAGAGGAGACUUCCAAAUACCCGUAGACAUCACAAAUAUAGCAAAUCCAAUUAUUUUAAGAGCAUCUCCGUAUACACUGAGCUCAAGUCAGCACCAGAACAUAGCUGAAUAUUACGUGGCCCCUCCUCCUUCAAAAACCACAUACACAGCAGGUCAAAUGGCGGGGCUCGGGAUCGGGAUGCUGGUGUUCGCCUUUAUUCUGGUGUUUGUCGCUCUCGCUGUUUAUUUCAAGAAAUUCAGAUCUUCAUCAAGUCCAGCAACAGGUUCAUUGGAAAAUCCUUCAUACAAUAAAGAGUAAAAAUAAAUAUGACGUCAUCAUUACAUCAUUUCCGAUUCCUUUUAUCCAUGAUGUGGAUCUGGUAUCACAUUACUAGGGAAAAUAAGUUGACAAUUUAUACUUUUUCAUCGAAAUAAAAAGACAUUUAUUAAUGUUGAUUGCAGGUGAAUAAAGUAACAUUUUGGUCAACUUCAGUGACUAUUCACUGUAUUUACAUGUACAUUGUAUAUGCAGUAUUUGGUAUAAGUUUUGUAAUGGAUUAAUUGCUCAUUUACCAUUCUUUAUAGUUCCGAUGGUGACGUUUAGUGAGGUUAUUUUAAAUUAAUUGAAUAAUUUUAUUUGACAUGUAUAUUUAUUGUCGUUCUUUAUUUACGAUGUGAAUAAAAAGGA